CCUUCCCCCACCCACCGCAAGAAAGUAUGGAACUAGGGAUAUGGAUUGUUUGGUUGGUUAGAGCCCCUUGGAUUGCUGCCAUACUUCUUAUGGUGAUUGCUUCCAUACCAAGUUCCAAGCUGAGAUUGUUUCAUGAACUCGUUUGGAGUAUCACUGGUAGAGGAAAGAUUCUUCCUCCCUCGUCUUCUCAGAAAUGGACUGUUCCUCAGAAAUACUUUGCUCACUUCUAUGUCUUCGGAGUGGCAUGGACAACUCUCUUGCUAGCCAUCACUUGGAUGCAUGCUUUCAAAAUGGCGCCUUUAUCGUCUGAGGAGUUCAUGUUUUCAAGAUACUUAACCGGAGGUUAUCAUGUUGAGAGUCAGUUUAAAGUGCGGAGAGCAGUGUUUCUACUUCUUUUGAUGGAAAUACAAGUUCUGAGACGCCUUAUAGAGUCAUUCUAUGUGUUCAAGUAUAGCCCUUCUGCUCGGAUGAACAUUCUUCCUUAUCUCGGCGGAUUAUAUUACUAUGCAGCAGCGCCUUUAUCACUCUGCGUCAAUCUAGUGGCUGGGUUCAUUUCUAAAGGGAAAGACCAUAUCUCAUCCUCUGAGUUUGAUUUAUUAUCAUUUCUAAGCCCUCUGAUGAAUCUUGGAUGGUGCCAGUUGAUUGGUGGAGCCAUUUUUCUCUGGGGAUGGUUACAUCAGCGGCGCUGCCAUGCAAUUCUCGGAUCUCUCCGGAAAAGUCCUAGCCAAGCGAAAGAGUACAUAAUACCACACGGAGACUGGUUUGAUAUUGUCUCUAGUCCACAUUACUUGGCAGAAAUCGUUUUAUACGUGGGUUUGCUGAUUGCGAGUGGAGGAACAGAUAUAACUGUCUGGUUACUCUUUGGUUCCGUGGUUGGGAAUCUAUCAUUAUCGGCUGGAGAAACUCACAGGUGGUAUCUCCUCAAGUUUGAGCAUUACCCGGCAAACAGAAAUGCCAUUUUCCCUUAUGUUUACUAAAUUGUUAAGAGAGAGAGAGAGCACAA